AUGGCGACUGUCAAGGAAGAAGUGCGCGAGGUGCUGCUGGGCACGACAGACGAGCCCCAGCUAUCGCAGCUCACACGCGCUGUCUUUAUGAAGCACGCGGAAAAGGACGAGUCGGGUGAAUACUACCUCAACGAGGAUCAAUUCAUCACAGCUGUUGCGCCCGAGAGCGAGGACUACCACAAGAUCAAGCGUUUCCAGUAUGGCAUCCUCUUCCAGGUAGCUGACCGCGAUCAAAAGGGCAAAGUCAGCAUCCAUGACUGGUCCGUCUUCCAGAACUUGCUUGCAAAGCCCGACGCCGAGUACGAGGUCGUCUUCCGCUUCUUCGAUAAGCGGCGGACCGGCUACAUCAACUUUGACGACUUCUACGAGACAUGGAAGGCACACAAGACCGAGGACAGCCUGCCCUUUGACUGGGAGGGCGGCUGGGCAUCGCUAUACAUUGGGUCUAAGAAGCACAGGCAUACCAUGACGUACCCUCAGUUCGCCCAGUUGCUGCGAGGGCUGCAGGGAGAGCGUGUUCGUCAGGGGUUCACCUACUUUGACAAGAACAAGGAUGGUUUCAUUGAGCCUGAGCAUUUCCAGCGCAUAAUACGCGAGACUGCAAGCCACAAGCUCUCCGACUACCUCCUCGAUAACCUCCCCACUCUUUGCAACAUCUCGGUUGGCAGCAAGAUCUCAUACGCCAACGUCCGUGCCUUCCAGAAUGUCAUCCAACAAAUGGACAUGAUCGAGCUUAUAAUCCGUAAUGCCACACAAAAGAGUCAUGACGGCAAAAUCACUCGUGCAGACUUCCUCAAUGAGGCUGCAAGGAUAAGCCGAUUCAACCUCUACACGCCCAUGGAGGCAGAUAUCCUCUUCCACUUUGCUGGUCUGGACGAGGCUUCUGGACGACUCGGUCUGCGAGACUUUGCCCGAGUUCUCGACCCGUCCUGGCACCGAACAGGACUGUUGGCAGCUGGUGGCGUAUCCGAGGCAGGCCAAAAGGUCUUUGCGACGACAAAGUCGAUAUGGCACGAUAUACUCGAGUCUGUCCACCACUUUGCUCUCGGAUCCUUGGCUGGUGCUUUUGGUGCCUUUAUGGUUUACCCCAUUGAUCUUGUCAAGACAAGGAUGCAGAACCAGAGGAGUUCGGGCGUUGGGCAUGUCCUCUACAAGAACUCGCUCGACUGCGCAAAGAAGGUCAUCAAGAAUGAGGGUUUCAAGGGUCUAUACUCGGGUGUGCUUCCCCAGCUUGUCGGUGUAGCCCCGGAAAAGGCCAUCAAGCUCACAGUAAACGACCUUGUCCGAGGCAAGCUGACGGACAAGUCGACUGGCCAAAUCAAGUUCACUUCUGAGAUGCUGGCUGGUGGUACUGCGGGUGCUUGCCAAGUUGUCUUUACCAACCCCCUUGAGAUUGUCAAGAUUCGAUUACAGAUCCAGGGUGAACUCUCCAAGAACGUUGAGGGUGUUCCAAGGCGAUCUGCCAUGUGGAUUGUUAGGAACUUGGGUCUCGUUGGGUUGUACAAGGGAGCUAGCGCUUGUCUUUUGCGUGAUGUCCCCUUCUCUGCCAUCUACUUCCCCACUUACAGUCAUCUGAAGAGGGACGUUUUCGGCGAGAGCCCCCAAAAGUCGUUGGGUGUACUACAGAUGUUGAGCGCCGGUGCCAUCGCCGGUAUGCCUGCAGCCUAUUUGACCACACCUUGUGACGUCAUCAAGACUAGGUUACAGGUAGAGGCGCGAAAGGGUGAGGUUACUUACACUGGGCUUCGACAUGCGGCAACGACGAUUUGGAAGGAAGAGGGAUUCAAGGCCUUCUUCAAGGGUGGUCCGGCCCGUAUCAUGCGAUCGUCGCCGCAGUUCGGAUUCACCUUGGCCGGCUACGAGGUGUUACAACGAGCGCUGCCAAUGCCGGGCUCCAGUCAUGCAGAUGCGUCAAGCCUUGAGCCUUCAAUGGGUCUCGAGGAAGCCAAGGCACCGCUGCCGUACCUCCGCAGCCGCAACGCACUCAAGGUGAUCCUCGAUCUGGACGAGAACUUCGGUAGACCCAAGAUGCCUGCGGGUUCCAAGUUCCCAGGGAUUCCCGUAUUCGGCAAGAAGCCGGAAGCGUAG